AUGGUGUCAAGCCCUGUUAAGCUUGAGGUGCAAUAUAGCAGAUACAAACGGAAUGAUCAUUUUCAUGUCUUAAUUUUUGAUCAAAGUGUUUCAGAGAUUGAAUAUCCUCAUUCUAGCACUGAAGAUAAUGGUGAUGGUCAUAUAUCGGUUGCGGUAUGUGGUGAAGACUCAGGCUCAGCCAGUAGGAAAAACAAAGAGAAACCAGAUUUGCCAUGCCCACCCCCUCAAAAGAAAAUGAGAACUGCUUCCAAGUUAGACAAUUCAUCUUCACAUGUUAGCCUUGAAGACCCCAGCUCUAGAAAGAGCAAACUUAGUGCUACAACAGACGAUGGAGUAAUUCCAGCUCGUCAAAGUAUGAGAACUAAGGUUUUAAGCUGCUCACAAAAGUUGAUAGUUACUGAAAAGGCUCGGGCAAAUCAGAUAGCCAGUGCUUAUGAAAGUAAUGAAAAUCCAGCUUUCAUGGUGUUCAUGCGACCAUUAUCGGUUUGUCAUGGUUAUCCCAUUGGACUUUGCUAUGAAUUAUUUGACAAUGCACAAAUGAAUACAGAAAGUAAAAACCUUAGUGCACAACUCUAUGGUGGCUGGCGGACUUUUGUGAAAGAUAAUCGUAUUAACAUUGGUGACGUAUGCGUCUUUGAGUUAAUUAGGCAACCUGAGAUCUUAAUGAAAGUGCAAGUCUACCCAGCUGCCAAAAAUGCAAGGAAGGCCCGCAAAUCUCUGGCUCCUAAUAGGGUUGCCAGUCAACUUAGAACUAGGAUCUUGGUCAAUGAUACUGAAUCUGAUUGUCAGCACUCAAACAGCCCGAUUUAG